AGUAUACACAGAGCAGAGGAAAGCCUUACUACUAUUAGUGCAGCAGGCAGUCUCCGUUAUAGAUUACUAUUAACAGUGUUGCCAAGUCCGCGGUUUUCCCGCGUAAUCGGGCCGCUUCACUACUGUUGCCGCGGGUUGAAGCGACGCCAGUAACGUGUAUUUGAUCCCCGGGACCUCGAAACGCGGUGAUGUAAAAGAGCAAAGCAGGCAUUUGGACCAAAGCACUUCUCCAGAGUAAAGCACUCAAGAUGCUCCACACAGAGCCGCUGCUCCUAUUGGCCGCUUCCCUCUGACGUCACGGCGCCGUCGCGCUUCUGUCGCGUCGCGUCUCAGUGGAUUCUGUGCGCGCUUCUGAGAGAGACGCUCCUCAAGCGGACCCCACGCGUUUGGACCGAACGCACACUGUUGUUUAGAAGUGGUGUUUCCUGUAAUGAUGUCACCCUGGAGUCCUCUGCUAUUGGCCGUCUCGUGCUGUUUGAUCGCUCUGACAUCAUCACUCAACCUGGACGACCCGAAUGUCUGCAGUCACUGGGAGAGUUACUCGGUGACGGUUCAGGAGUCGUUUGCUCACCCGUUCGAUCAGAUUUACUACACCAGCUGCACAGAUAUCCUCAACUGGUUCAAAUGCACUCAACACAGGGUGAGCUACAGAACGGCCUACCGCAGAGGAGAGAAGUCCAUGCACCGCCGCAAGUCUCAGUGCUGCCCGGGAUUCAACCAGAGCAGAGACAGAUGUGUUCCACACUGUGCUGAGAAGUGUGUGCACGGCCGCUGUGUGGCCCCCAGCACCUGUCAGUGUGAGCCGGGCUGGGGAGGGCCCGACUGCUCCAGCGCCUGUGACGGGGAUCACUGGGGUCCUCACUGCAGCAGCCGCUGUCAGUGUCAGAACGGGGCGCUGUGUAACCCCAUCACCGGAGCCUGCCUCUGUGCGGCCGGAUACCGCGGCUGGCGCUGCGAGGACCUCUGCGAGCGCUCCAGCUACGGACACGGCUGCCAGCAGAAGUGCCUGUGCCAGAACAACGCCAUGUGCCACCACGUCACCGGAGAGUGUGUGUGCAGCCCGGGAUACACGGGAGCCUUCUGCGAGGAGCUGUGUCCUCCGGGGAAACACGGCCGGCAGUGCGAGGAGCGCUGUCCCUGUCAGAACGGCGGCGUGUGUCAUCACGUGACUGGAGAAUGCUCCUGCCCCGCCGGCUGGAUGGGAACAGUGUGCGGGCAGCCGUGUCCGGCGGGACGCUUCGGGAAGAACUGCUCACAGGAGUGUCAGUGUCAUAAUGGAGGAAGCUGUUCUCCGUCCACCGGACAGUGUGUGUGUAGUGCAGGAUACACAGGAGAGAGGUGCCAGGAUCAGUGUCUGGUCGGCUCGUACGGUGUGGGCUGCAGACAGGCGUGCAGCUGUGUGAACGGUGCCCAGUGCUAUCAUGUGAGCGGAGAGUGUCUGUGUGAGCCGGGAUACACGGGUUCGAGAUGCGAGGAGCGCGUCUGUCCGGAGGGGCUGUACGGUCUGAAGUGUGACAGGAGGUGCCCGUGUCACGCCAAUAACACACGCAGCUGUCACCCCAUGUCGGGCGAGUGUUCGUGCGGCCCGGGCUGGUCGGGCUUGUACUGUAACGAGACGUGUGCUCCUGGUUUAUACGGCGAGGCGUGUCAGGAGGUCUGCCGCUGUCAGAACGGAGCCGACUGCCACAGCGUGAGCGGGGAGUGUGUCUGCGCACCCGGAUUCAAGGGCUCAGACUGCUCCGCUCCCUGUCCCGCCGGCUCCCACGGCAUCAACUGCAGCUCAGUGUGCUCCUGUAAGAACGCAGCCGCUUGCUCACCCAUCGACGGGUCCUGCUCCUGUCAAGCAGGGUGGCACGGGGUGGACUGCUCCAUUAACUGCCCCAGCGGCUGGUGGGGUCUGGGCUGUAACCUGACGUGUGUGUGUGGGAACGGAGGAGCCUGCAGCGCUCUGGACGGGACGUGCACCUGUACCCCGGGCUGGAGAGGAGAGCGCUGCGAUCAACACUGUCAGGAUGGGACGUAUGGGCUGGACUGUCGCGAGCGCUGUGACUGCAGUCAUGCGGACGGCUGCCACCCCUCGACUGGACACUGCCGCUGUCUGACCGGAUGGACAGGCAUUCACUGUGACAGUGUGUGCGCUGAGGGCCGCUGGGGGCCCAACUGCUCUCUGUCCUGUAACUGUAAGAACGGAGCGUCGUGUUCGCCGGACGAGGGUGCGUGCGAGUGUGCGCCUGGAUUCAGAGGAACCACCUGCCAGCGCAUCUGUUCUCCGGGUUUCUUUGGCCACCGCUGUAGCCAGGCCUGUCCGCACUGCGUGCACAGCAAUGGCCCCUGUCACCACGUGACCGGCCAGUGUGACUGUCUGCCGGGAUUCAAAGGGGCGCUCUGCAACGAAGUGUGUCCCAGUGGCAGGUUCGGUAAGAACUGCGCGUGGAGCUGCACCUGCACUAAUAACGGCACGUGUAACCCCAUCGACGGCUCGUGUCAGUGUUACCCCGGCUGGAUCGGCAGCGACUGCUCACAGCCGUGUCCCCCGGGUCAGUGGGGUCCCAACUGCAUCCACACCUGUAACUGUCACAACGGGGCGUUCUGCAGCGCGUAUGACGGCGAGUGUAAGUGUACGGCCGGCUGGACGGGGCUGUACUGCACACAGCGCUGUCCGCUGGGCUUCUACGGUAAGGACUGCGUUCAGGCGUGUCAGUGUGAGAACGGCGCAGACUGCGAUCACAUCUCUGGUCAGUGCACCUGCCGCACCGGCUUCAUGGGACGCCACUGUGAACAGAAAUGUCCUGCGGGUACGUACGGAUACGGCUGUCGGCAGGUGUGCGACUGUCUCAAUAACUCCACCUGUGAUCACAUAACUGGCACCUGCUACUGUAACCCCGGCUGGAAAGGCACGCGCUGUGACCAGGCCGGCGUGAUCAUCGUAGGGAAUCUCAACAGCUUGACGAGCGCCGCUGUGCCUGUGGACUCGUAUCAGAUCGGUGCGAUCGCAGGAAUCAUCGUUCUGGUGCUCCUCGUGCUCAUCCUCCUCCUCCUCUUCAUCAUUUAUCGUAAGAAACAGAAAGGCAAAGAAUCCACGAUGCCUGCGGUCACAUACACACCUACCAUGAGGGCCAACACCGAUUACGCCAUCGCAGAGGCGCUCCCGCAGACUGACGUCCUUCCCAACAGUAACUAUUUCUCCAACCCCAGCUACCACACACUGACCCAGUGCAGCCCGCCUCACGCCAACAACCUGCCCUAUGGAAAGCCGAAGAACAAUCAGUUGUUUGUGAACCUGAAGAACGCGGAGCCGAGGAAACGUCUUUCCCUGCUGGAUCACACAGGAACGCUACCGGCCGACUGGAAACAAGGAGGAUCCUUCAAUGAGCUCGGAGCUUAUGGAGUUGACAGGCGUUACAUGGGAAAGUCACUGCGAGAUCUGGUGAAGAGCGUGCCCUAUCACGCCAGCUCCAGCUCUCUCAACAGCUCAGAAAACCCAUACGCCACCAUCAAAGACCCUCCUCUGCUGCUGACCAAGAGCUCGGAGUGCGGCUAUGUGGAGAUGAAGUCUCCUGCUCACAGAGACGCGCCGUACGCUGAGAUACACGCCUCCAGCCCUGCCAACAAAAACGUCUAUGAAGUUGAGCCGACCAUCAGUUCUGUCCACACACACUCUAACAACAACUGCAACGGGCCAUUUUGUCAAGAUCCGUACGACCUACCAAAGAACAGCCACAUCCCGUGUCAUUACGACCUGCUGCCCACGAGAGACAGCAGCCGCUCGACCCUCGAGGACACGGACAGCAAAUAAACCCCCGAGACUUCACUGACGCACCGCAAACCACAGCACUCUGUUAACGCUUCCAUAGCCGUCUGUGCUGACAGUCAUCCUUAUUAAUUACUUCUGGCUUACAGGAUUCAAUAGUUCUUGUCAAGUCUUGCCCAGAGUAAUGUGGAGUGUUUCGGUGGAGGUGCAAACAUUCGUAAUCUUCAUAAACAAAUCAUUCCAUUCAUUAAGAACAACACUGCACACAAAUACAGGACAAUCCUUAAAGGGAUAGUUCACCCAAAAAUGAAAAUUAACACUUUUUAUUAUGGAUGGAUGCACUUUAUUGGACUUCUUUUGGACUACUGAAAAAUAACAGCCAUUCACUGCCAUUAUAAAGCUGGGAAGAGUCGGGACGUUUUUAAAUAUAGCUCUGAUUGGAUUCUUCUGAAAGAAGUAAGUCAUGUACACCUAGGAUGGCUUGAGAGUGAGUAGAGCAUGGGCUAAUUUUUCUUUUUUGGGUGAACUAUCCAUUUAAUGUUUCUGAUCAAAUAUGUCAGAUUAUUCCCAAUGACAGUUUUCCAUUUUUUAUGAUAUUUAGGAUAUUAGUACUGUUUAUUGAGACUGGACUAUCAGCUCUGUGUUUCUGUUGUUUUUUAUUUUUGUCCGAAAGCAUUUCAGGUUUACCAAAGGUUGAUAUGCCCUAAUAAAGCACCGCUAGUGUUGUAUUAAUACUGACAGCCUCCCAGUACAUAUAGUUUACAGCCACAAGUUUUAACAUUAGCAUCAUUUUUGGCUUGUAUCUUUUGAUUUUAGUCCUAUAAAACACGAUCACUGAAAUGAAGGGCAGAUACUUCAGUUUGUAGUACUUUAUAGUUUUUAGUAAGCUAAAGCUGGACUUUUGCGAAGAAAGACAAAUCUUUAAGAUGAUGUGAUGGGGUCAGUUUGAUACGAAUACAUCUUUGGAGUAUUUAGGACAUGAGUCUUAAAGCACUCUGAGCCUGGACUUUAAUUGUAUAAAACUGUACAUAGGACCAGUUCUUUAAUGAAUUGCAUUUAUUUCCUUUAAAAGUGUAACAUAUUCCUAAAUUCCUCUGUAACUUGACCAAUACUGUGUAAAGCAGGACAUGCAGUGAAGACUCUGCCUUUAUUGACUGGACCUCAGUAUACUGUUUUCCUUUUUUACUGUACUAAAUAUGCCACACAAAGAAAUGAUUAAUAAUACUGAUUCCAAAAACAACUGAAUGUGUAUGAGUGUGUGCUGUAUGUAUCUUAAAACUGUAUCUUUGUUUUGCUUUUUUCCAGAUUUUUUUAAAUAAAUGCACAAAGUGUAAU